UUGAAAAAAAAACAAAACAAAUAGUUUAUGAUAAUAGUUUUUAAGAAUUGGAGUAACUUUAAAUAAAACUCAAUUUGUGCCAGUGUGAUAAAAGCUAACAAAGUUUACAUAUUUUGUGGAGCCCUAGUAGCCCCAAUUUAUUAUUAAAAUACUUUUUCAUAUAACGUCAGAAAGUGUUAUAGAAAUAAAUAAAAAUGGGUAAUGAAACAUCUUUGCCCAUGGAGAUGUGCUCCAAUUUCGAUGCCGAUGAAAUUCGUCGUUUAGGCAAGCGCUUUCGCAAAUUAGAUUUGGAUAAUUCGGGUGCCUUAAGUGUUGAUGAAUUUAUGUCUUUACCAGAAUUACAACAAAAUCCGUUGGUGCAGCGUGUAAUUGAUAUAUUUGAUGCAGAUGGUAAUGGAGAGGUAGAUUUUAAGGAAUUCAUACAAGGCGUGUCACAGUUCAGUGUCAAAGGUGAUAAACUGUCGAAAUUACGUUUUGCUUUUCGCAUAUAUGAUAUGGAUAAUGAUGGUUACAUAUCGAAUGGUGAACUUUUCCAGGUGCUAAAAAUGAUGGUUGGAAACAAUCUUAAAGAUACACAACUGCAACAAAUUGUUGAUAAAACAAUUUGUUUUGCUGAUAAAGAUGAAGAUGGUAAAAUAUCCUUCGAUGAAUUUUGUUCUGUUGUUGGUAAUACAGAUAUUCAUAAAAAAAUGGUUGUAGAUGUUUAAAUCACUGCAUAUAUAUAUAAUUAU